CGAUCGGCUCAGAUGUCUCGGGUUUCGAGACCCUAUUACAUUUAACCAUCAGUGAAACACCGGCUUGUAAGCAGCACACGAGCCGCCGCGACCAAACCCACGUGAUCAAAUGCGGAAAUUGUCUGCUAGUGUAGCGGAGUAAAGAGGGGAUUGGAGGUUUUGGUGUGUGUUUGUAUUUUGACCUGCUGGUGCUGGUCGGAGCAGUAGUCGCUGGAGUCCCUGGACCGAGCAACACUUCCACUUGAGGGGACAACGAAGCUCUCGGGUCGCCGUACGAGUUUCCUCCGUCGUGAACAAAAAGCAAGGGUCGUUCUGAGGUCACACUGUUGAGAUGACAAGGCUGUGACAGUGUGUGUCCAAUUGUGUCUGUGCUGGACCGAUUCCUGUGACAUGGCUACUGCUAAGAAGAGUUGUGCGAAAGCAGGAGGCGUGCGCUUCUCAGAUGUACCCCCCGCUGCAGGAGCCCCAUCACAUGUUCACUUCGACGAAAAGCUGCACGACUCGGUUGUCAUGGUGACCCCGGAGGAUGACGGGAACUUCAUGGUCAAGGUUGGCUUCUUAAAGACGCAGCACCGGUAUGAAAUAGUGUUCACCUUGCCCGAAGUCCCAGCUCUGGGGAAGGAUGUGUGUCCAGCGCCAGUACCCAGUCCACACCUCCGGAUCACUGAUAUCACACCGGCACCAGAGGGAGGUCUGAAGGUGACGUGCGAAUACAUGGCCCAGCAGGAGGGAGUUCUGUGUGAGGAGGUGCUGCUGCUGAGCGAGACCAACGAGAACGUCAGCGUUAAAGUCAAAGUUCACGCCAGAGUCAUGGACCGUCACCAUGGUACACCCAUGCUGCUGGAGGGAGUUCGCUGUAUCGGCGUGGAGUUGGAGUACGACUCUGAGCAGAGCGACUGGCAAGGAUUUGACUAAAGCUUAAGCUCCUGCUCCCCUUCCAUCUGAAGUAUACACACAUAUACACACAUAGACACACACACACCUGCCAUCACACACCUAUGAAAUUAAACAGAACAAACCUGCCAUGUUCCCUAAAUAGAAAAAGUAUACACACAAAUGAUUUAGUGCCACGUGCUGUAGAUCCCGUCCCAGCCCCGCUGUUCAGGUUUGGAGUCAGGGGAAGUAGAUAUUUGCAUCCUGAGAACAUUUACAUCCAAAAAAACAAAAACAUUCCUCCGCUGUGACUUUCCCAACAUCGACAGCAUCUGAAGGGACAGUUCAACUUCUCCAACUCUGCUGUUUUUUUCUUCACCACGUGUUCUGUCAUUAACCUGUGUUUUCCUUACUGAACCUCUGGAGGGCAGCAGCGCUCUUUGAAUCAGUACAGCCUCAGAUCCUUUUCACUGCCUCUUGUGCUCCAGUUCACUCUUCCUGAUGUGCAAACUGUACAAACUGAAUCCCACGUGGAUUAAUAGGUGAGGGAGUAACAAGGGCUCUUUUAUCAAUUAAGUAGCUUGAAAAUGACCCAUAGAAAGGAAUACAAAUCUGCACAAUUCAGAGAAAAGGAACUGAACUGUUUAGUGACGCUGAUAAUGUAAUUUAACCAUUAGGGGGCGCUGCAGAGCACUGCAUGCAAUGCUUCUCUGGCCUGAAGGCUUUUUCUGGAGGGCUGCAGUGUGGUCACAUUUAAAGGAAAAAUCCAACUGUGGCACUCUUACACUGUUAUAUACCUUCAAUAAGUGCGGUUCAAUGUAUUUUAUGACUUUUAAUUGGCUGUUUCUGUUGUACCUCAUUUCCCCACAACCCAUCCCGAAUACUUACAUUCUUCUUUUCUGCAUUUCCCACGAAAUCUCACAGAGCAUGUGUCAAAUUAUUUCAGUAUGUGUGUGAGGAAGGCAUUUGCAGCAGAAAUAAUGGAAAAACAGAGAAUAAUGCCUCAAAACAAAAUAAUGUUGUCAUCUGUGUCAAAUAGUGCAACCAGAAAGAACUGACACCAGAAUCUGAGCUUUUGUGUCUGAAGUUUUAGAUCUCUGAAACAUUUUUCUGCUACUAAAUAUUUUGACAUGUUGUUAUGUUUUUGCCACUUUCCACAGAAUUUUAAAACCGACCAGAUUUAAUCACAGAUCUAACGUACUGCACAGAGCCAAUAGCUGUAUUUAAGGUUAUUAAAUGGAGAUUAAAUAAUUUAUUGAUUAGUCAAUCGACAAAAAAAUGUAUCUGCAGGUAUUCUGUUAACUGAUUAGUGAUUCAAGACAUUUUUCAAGCCGUGAUGCCAAACAUUCUCCUUCCAGCUUUGCACAUGUGAAGAUUUAGUAGCAUUUCAAGUUUUAAAGCUUUGGACAUUUGAAGGGAAACUGUGACAGACAUUUUUCUGACAUCGCACUGGCCAAACUAUUAAUCCAAUGAUCAAGAAAAUAAUCAUUAGAUGAAUCGACAGUGACAAAAAAUCUUGAUGGGUGGAUUUCUCCUUUAAGAAUAACCUACUGCACCCGGUCCAGCAGAGCUCGGAGAAGGAUUCGUUCUUUGGUUUGAAUUUAUGAAGCCUCCAGAACGAAUGUACGCAACACAAGUGCCUUUCAUUGUAACAUCCUGUUUCUCUCUUAACCCCAAUGUUGUCUCACCAUCAUCUGUACAUCCUGUCACAUAACCGUACCUAGCAGACCAACACAUGGGCCGGUUUGAAGAGUGAGAAGUGGGACUGUACGUGAUCAAGCAAGGGGAAAUAAAAAAUCCAGCAUAGGAGCAGCCUGUCUGUCGUCUUCCCAGUGUUAAAUCCCUCUUCUUCCAUUAGCUUGCUUCCAACAGGUGUAUCUGACUCUCCCAUCGCUCUUUUCACAGUACGAGUGCAGAUCAGAGAGAGCUGACAGGCAUGAUCACUUGUAAAUGAAGUAAAAUGCCAGCUCUGCUUUAAUUCACAUUUGUACACAGAGCAAGUGCCAUGAUCUGGCUGCACUGUUCUCUCCCUAACACACAACCUCUUUUUACAAAAUCAUGACAGUUCCUCUGUGUGACUCAAUACUUUUUGUUUGUUUUUGACCUGAUUGAAUACAUCAGCCUUAAAAGGAAACAAAUACUGUGCGUUAUUCCUCUACAUAGUUGACCAGGAGCUGUUGGUGUAGUGCAGAUUAAAUAGAUUUAUUUGAUGUUUGCUUGCUUGUAAAAUAGGUCAAAGUUUGUUUCUUCUUAGUGUCAAACUGAAGUGCUCAAUAGGUUAACUGUUUCAAGAAUGUAGCAGUUUAUUUGUAUCUGCUCCGUUUGUGUGUGUGAUUUGUAUUUUGUAAUGUCAAAAAUGAAUAAAAAUGUGUGUAUGUUUA